AUGGGCGCGGAGUGCGAAGGCGCGCCUGGGAACGCACGUGGGGAAGGGCGCGCGGGCGUGCGGGCACGGCCGGAGGCCGGCGCACCUCCGAGAACGGCCCAGCGCACCCGGCUGCACCCAGGGGAGCGCAAACCCGCCCGGGCAACGCGCGCGGGCGAACGCGGCCGUGCCAACGUGCCGACGUGCCGACGUGCCAACGUGCCGACGUGCCAACGUGCCAACGUGCCGACGUGCCAACGUGCCAACGUGCCGACGUGCCAACGUGCCAACGUGCCAACGUGCCGACGUGCCGACGUGCCGACGUGCCAACAGCAGAGCAAACAUCUGCAGAACAAGCCCAGAUCGCUCCGGGGGAAGGGGGGAGCCGGGAGAAGGCGGCACACGGGGAUCCCGGGGUGCGCCGAGGGCUCGCCCCGGGAGAGGCGGCGGGAUGCGGCAUUCCCGCCAGGACCGCUGGCCGCGAGCCCGCAGGAGGCCCUGCGAGGUGGCACUGCUGUCCCCCAGCCCCGGUGGGUGCCCGGGGGGGUCACGGCGGAGAACCGCAGCGGCACAGCCGGCCGGAGGUCAGCCCGCGGGAGGAACCGGACACCGGGGACGGACACCCGCGCUGCCCCGGCCCCGCACGGCCGGGGAGACGGCGGGAACGGCAAGUUACUUCCCGCACCGGAGGGGAUGGGGGCUGGGGGGGUGUCCCCGCCGCCGCCGCACGUGCCCCGCCGCCCGCGCCGCUUUGUCCGCCGGGCUCCGCGGCUCCGCCCGCCCCCGCGCGGCGGCCCCGCCCGCGGCCGCCGCUCGCCGCCCGCCCGCCCGCCCGGCCCCGCCGCGCCGCCGCCGACAGGCCCCGCCCACCGCCCGCGGGACCACGCCCCCCACGCCGGGCCACGCCCCCGACAGUCCGCCACGCCCUCGGUCACGCCCAAGGCCACGCCCCCUCCGUCCUCCCCUCAGCGCCCCCUGCCGGCCGGCGCGGGCCCCCCCCAAAUCGGAGCCGCCCCCCGGACCCUCCCCCCCACCCCUGACUGGAACCGGGAUGGGGCCGGGAUCGGGAUCGGGGCCGGGAUCGGGAUCGCGAUCGGGAUCGAGAUCGGGAUCGCGCACUCGUUCCCCAUCCCCAGGCGCGCCCCCGCCCCCGCCCCCGGCUGCGCGCGGAAAGCCCCGCCCACCUCUCAACCCCCAGCCAAUGGGAAGCGCUGUGCGGGUGCCAGGCGGGGCAGGGAAAGAGGGGGCCGCGCCCCCGCCUCCGUCCCCCAGCCAAUAGACGGCGCGAACCGCUCUGCGGUCAGCGCUGAUUGGCCGGAGCGGCGCGGUUGCUAG